UGGGCAUUGCCAUAUAUUGAAGAUGAUGAUGAUGAUGAUGCCAUGGAUCAACCUCACUCUCUUCUUCUUCCUACCUAUUCAUUUCACAUACACAUUCCUCUCUCUCUCUUACAUUUACAGACAGGUAAUAAAACAGAAGCUUCUGUGCAAGUAAUCAGCCAUUGUUGCUCCUUACACCCAUAAAUGUUGUUCUGACAAUCCUGUCAUACCAAUAUCGGCAUCGGCAUCGACACCGGCAUCGAUCCGUAGGCAUGAGCGAGUUCGACGGUGGAAGAGCCAAGGCGUGGAACGUCGUGUACAACAACUUAAACCCGAGCCCUUCUCAGGCCGCCGUCAACAAGGCCCAAGGCCCAUGGAAAGACUUCGGCUCCUCAGUCAAUGCCAUCUCCUUCGGCUUCGUCGCCACGGCAAUCUUGAUCUCCAUGUUCCUUAUAAUGGCCAUCUUCGAGCAUCUGUUCCGCCCAAAUGCGCCCGAUCACAACGCAAUGGGAUCGAGCCAAAUUCACAAGCUCGGAACUACUCCAUCCGCAAUGCAAAUGUCGCCGCAGCCAUCCGCAUUCUCAGUAGUGAUGCCGGGACAACGCCAUCCUACAUUCCUCGCGCAGCCGGCGCCUCUGCCGUGUCCUAGGGAAGGAGUGCGUUGGCCCUCUCACGAUCGUCGCGCCGUAACCUUCGUCUAGAUGAUCGAUUAUUCCGAACGCCUCACCCUCCAACGAUCGUCGGCUGCUAGAGACUAAGUAUAUAUAACCGAAUCAACAACAAAGAAGCUACGAAUAGAGGAUGCAUCGAAUUCGAAAUGCAAGAAAAAGUUCACCCUUUCCGACAUCCAAAUUUGAAAACUUACUUAGAAUGGAUCAUACCGUGAAAGAUCAUCGAUGGGAUACCUGAAGAAGCUAAAAGAGAUCCUGUCAUAGAAAUGCUUCUGCAAAAAAAAUACUUCGCGACAAAUAGGUUCAAUAGCCGUGUCGAAU